UAGUCUAAAUACAUAACUAGCUAAAACACAAAUCAUUAAAAAAUAAAGCUAUAUUUCAUUAAAAUGAUGCAUUGCCUUCGUCGUUUAAGUAAUAUUGUUGCAUGUAAUACAAUUCAAAUACAAAGCUGCAAAACUAUAUUGAACAGGAAUAAAUGCAAAAUCUCAAAUACGAACUUAUUUAGGACAUUGUCUGUCACUGCAUGUGUACAUGAGAAGAAAUCUGUAGCCAAAGCUUUACGAAGUACAAAACCAAAAUCAAAACAUGAUACUCUGCAGUAUUUUGUUGAUAUAAAACAGACAAGAACAAUCGGAGGGAAAGGUGGAGAUGGUGAAAUAUCAUUUUUACGAUUGUGGGUCAACGACCGAGCUGGCCCUGAUGGAGGUGAUGGUGGAAGUGGUGGUCAUGUAAUAUUUGAAGCAAAAAAAGAUGUGAAAGAUCUUCGAAAUGUACAGUCUGUGAUUAGAGCUGAAGAUGGUGAAAAGGGUUAUACUAAAGACUGCUUCGGCAAAAACGCUGAACACAAUGUGGUAAAAGUACCUAUUGGAACCAUUGUGCGUGAUCUAAACAAUAAAAUAUUAGCAGAUUUGGACCAAGAUGGGAUGAUGUUUAUUGCCGCGAGAGGUGGUGCCGGUGGACAUGGAAAUUCUUUUUUUAAAUCAGAUACUCAACAAUCGCCAGAAAUAUCCGAGUAUGGCGCGAUAGGAGAAGACUUACGAUAUGUAUUAGAAAUAAGAAGUAUGGCCCAUGUUGGAUUAAUUGGUCUACCAAAUGCUGGCAAAAGUACACUUUUAAGAGCUAUAUCUAGAGCUAGGCCAAAGGUAGCAGCAUAUCCUUUCACUACUCUAAGACCUCACAUAGGCAUGAUACAGUAUGAUGAUUAUGAACAAGUUGCAGUGGCCGAUAUGCCUGGUCUUAUAGAAGACUCACACAAGAAUAAAGGGCUUGGUGUAACUUUCCUCAAGCAUGCAGAACGUUGUGCUGCUUUAAUAUUUAUUUUAGACAUUACAGUGGAUGAACCAUGGAAAGCUCUAGAAGUUCUAAAAUAUGAAAUUAGUCAGUUUAAUGAAAAAUUAAACGACAGACCUCAAAUUGUUGUAGCAAACAAAAUGGAUUUGCCAAAUGCUGAAGUUAAUUUACAAUCGCUCAAGAAAUAUAUAAAUCUACCAGUUAUUCCUAUUUCUGCCAAGUUAGGUACAAAUAUCUCUACUUUACUGAAGGAAAUUAGGAUACUAUAUGAUAAUAUUAAAACCAAUAUAUCAGAAGAAAAUGACAAUGACUUAACACAAUGAAGUGCAUUUGAGUGGAAAAUGUGCAAAUAAAUGUUUUUAU